AUGGCUGCUCACCCGUACGGCCUCCGAAGCCGCCUGAAUACCCAGACCCCCUCCCUGCGUGCGACUCCCACAGGGUCGCCGGUUCUUGCCAAAACACCGUCUGGAAUCAAUCGAAAACCGCGAUCGACAGACAUUACACUACAGUUGCAACGAGUCAUUGGGACGACCACGAAUAGCCCCAAUGGCCUUGCAUGCUGUGCGCCGACGAAUACCUAUGCCUACUGCGCUGGAGCGGUCGCGGUCCUCGCAAGGCUCGAACCAGACAAUACGCCUUCACACCGGUAUUUCAAAGCCCGGCCGACGGCUCACUCGCUCCAUCCUCCAACGUCUCACUACGACAGCUCACCGGCCACUACGCCGUCAAAGAGGAGGACAACCACAUUCACCCCCAGAAAGCGGCAGGGUGACUUUGCAGGCGGGACAUUGGGAAGAGAUUGGUUGGAUGAAUCCGGAUCCCAGACUUGGACUGCAAGAGAAAGGAUCAAGUCUGCGUCAUGUGUGGCCUUGAGCCAAGAUGGUCGAUGGCUUGCGGUCGGAGAAUCUGGCUAUAACCCUAGAGUGCUUUUGUUCUCUACCGCCGAAGACGCCUCUAGCGAGACACCGACAUCUGUCGUCAGUGACCACACCUAUGGGGUGCGCUGCAUAGCCUUCAGUGGUGACAUGAAGUUUCUCGCAACCUUGGGCAACCUCAAUGAUGGAUUUUUGUUUGUGUGGUCUCUGAAUUCAAGAACAGGUCAAGUAACGCUUCAUUCGGCCAACAAAUGCACGACUAACGUCUGUGACAUGACUUGGUGUGGCAACAGUCUAAUUACGGUUGGUACAAGGCACAUCAAGAUCUGGCAAGCGAAGGAGAAUCCGAAACAAUCUCCAACCAGGAAGCCUCGAUUUUUCAGGGCAUCGGAUGCCUACGCCACGAGCCCUGGUGCCGCCCCGGGACCGGCACCCUUACAAGGCCGAAAUUGUCUUUUAGGCUCGAUGGUUGAUUCAACCUUCACUUGCGUGGCUGCCGUUGAUGAUUGUCUGGCAGUCGUGGGGACUGAGACGGGGCAUCUUUGCCUGGUGGAUACCUCUCAGACUGCGCUUGAACUGAGAGUAUUCAAGAAGACGGAUUUCCCGAUAUCUUCAAUUGCAUAUUUGGCACAUACUAAGAGGUUACUCCUCGGUACAUCUCAUGGCUUACAGUCUGAAGAUUUUGACCUGCUCAUGAAGUCCAGCAUCGAUUCACCCAGCCGAAUGUUGCGACGUAAACCUCCUCGACUUUCUUCUAUCCGACGCUCACUUGGGCUAGUUCAACAAACAGCGAAAAGUGUCACUGCAGUAGGCACGUUACCCUCUCAUAUAAUUACACUUGACAGCGACGGCAGUUUGCAACUACAGCCUUGCGAACCGGGCGACUCCAACGAGUCACAGCCGACUUUCGCUGCCCACAAUAGUAUACUACUCGGCGUGCAGACCCUCUCGGAUGGUUGUGCUUUUGGCGAUUUUCUCACCUGGUCUAAGAAUGGUGAGAUCAAGUUCUGGAGCUCUCAAGGGGAGCUCAUCAAGCAAGAAAUUGUCGACCUCGAUAACAGCAGUGCGGAUGCGAAUGACUGUGAGAAUGAGUUGACUCGCGUACGAUACAUACAGGAGAUCAACUGCUUCGUCGUGGGAGAUCGAUUCGGUUUGCUCAAAUUAAUAAAGGUGUCAGAAUGGAAAGAAGCACAGGUGAUUCGGGCUCACAGUGCCGAAAUCACGAGCAUUACAAGCCAUGACCCCCAAAGCUUGAUAGCGACGUGCAGCAGGGAUCGGAUGGUGCAGCUGUACCGGAUCGCAAGGGAUUCAUUCGAAUUGCUGCAAACUAUGGAUGAUCAUGUUGGGUCUGUCAACCAAGUUCUAUUCGUGCAAAAUGGGGGAAAAUUGCUGUCCUGCUCAGCCGACCGUUCACUUGUUAUCCGAGAUCGUGUUCUGCGAGACCAGGAUGGCGUUCAGACGCCAGUAUAUCUGAACACAAAAGUGCUGACUCUCAAAGGGUCGCCUUUGUCGAUGACCAUCUCCACAGACGACCUGUUGCUGGUGUCCAGCAUGGAUCGCCGCGUGACCCAAGUUGAGAUCUCGACGGGCACUUUGAACGAUUCAUUCAAGGUUGGAGAUGGGGAAAACGAAGACACUGUGUUCCUCAAUUCCAUGGUGAGCUCGGCGAGUCCUGAAGGAGCUGAUGGCUCCCAUCGUCUUCUGGUCGGCUAUUGCUCCAUGGAUAAAUCGAUACGAGUAUACAACGAGAGAAACAUGGCUUUGUUGGGUCGAGAAUCCGGACAUACAGAAGGAGUCAGCGAUAUCUCCCUUCUCAGACAAAAAGCCCCGGAAGCCAGUGGCACUCGCCAAUGCACUGUUGUCAGCACGGGAUUGGAUGGAACGAUAAUGAUUUGGAGAAUCUCCAGGGCAACCUUGACGUUGCCGCUGGACUCGCAAGAACGCACUCCUGGGCUGGGGAUCUCCACUGACGAAUCAGAUAGCGAGCUGGCAUCAAAGCCGACUCCUGCUGCUCUCCCACCGUUGAGAAAAGUUUUGACGAAGAUGGAUCUCGCAGAGUUAACUCGGGAUAACGGCGCUCCCUCACCUUCGACGCCCAGAUCCUUGUCUCCUGUUCGGCUAAAACGGAAAACUUCCAGGCUUGCUCUAUCAACUACGAUGGAAGACGUUGAAGAUACCCCGACGAAGUCAACCGACGCUCCUGUACCGAGCAAAUCACCCAAUCCAGAGCAGAUAGAUCCACGCCGUUCCCCUUCUCCGCCAGUUCGAACUACGUCUCGACCGAGAAAGCAGCGGUCAAGGAUCGAUUUGGCCAAAGAUGUUACCACCACAGCGGAGAAGACAGGACCAGUUGACCGUUCGCAUUCUCCUCCUCCUCCUCCAGUACCUCUGUCAAUGCCGGGAACGCCCAAAAGUCGUCAGAAACCGAAUAACGGCCGGCUGCGACGCCCUCCAUCAGUUCCCGAACUUCGAUCCCAAUCUUUUGCUGCUGCAAGUCGCAGACAGAGUGUGAGCCAGACAUCCGACUUUGGCAGUAUGGGCAUGGCAACAGAACAGGCCACGCGCAUGUUGAAGACGUAUCGUAAGAAGUUGACUCUUGGUAGUGGUAGGGACAAGGUGGACUUAGACGACCUGGAGGAUGAAGUCACUGCGCUCCUGAAGAUCAUCAGAGAGCGCAAGGCCACUAACCAGCACCCACCUUUACCGCCGUUGAAGCCGGACGUGUCAACUGGGGUAGACGGACCUGGACCUGGCAGAAGGGAACAAGCCAAAGCCGCGACCGACGGUGACGUGGAACAAUUGGCUGUGCUACUGGAACGAUCGAACAUGGCCGACAUGUCGCCAUCGAUAACGUUAAUGAAGGCCACAAGGGGCCAGGAUAUUUCUGCCGAGGGAUGA